UGCCCCCAUCCCCCACCUUCCUGCCUCACCCCUGAGAUGACAUCGCCCCCCAUGUAGCUGCCUGUACAGUAACGUUAUACAGUAUGACACCCUGUAGGCGAUCAGCAGCCAGUGUUAUAAGCCACCAUGGCAUCCAGCAGGCUACGUGUGGCAGUGAUUGGAGCUGGAGCAGCUGGGCUUUGCAGUGCACGUCAGAUCCUCUCACGAUCUCUGACCUUUGAACCUCCGGUGGUGUUCGAGAUGACCGAUCACGUGGGGGGAACCUGGGUCUACGUGGAAGAUCCAGGAAACAUUGACAGUACACAUUCCAGUAUGUACAGAGAUUUAAAGACCAAUCUUCCUAAAGAGAUAAUGGAAUUUCCAGAUUUUGCCUUUGAUCCCUACCUGCCAUCCUUCAUCAAUCAUUCAGAAGUGCUGAAGUACUUGGAGGAAUACACAGACAAGUUCUCCAUCCGACCACACAUCAAGUUUAACACUCGUGUGGUGUCCAUCUAUCCCGUGCUCGGAGGACAAGAGCGUGUUUCCUGGAAGGUGGUAUCCAGCACUCGAGGAGAAGAAGUGUUGGAAAAGUUUGAUGCCGUCAUGGUGUGUGUGGGACAUUACUCUCAUCCCUACAUCCCUGAUAUUGAUGGCAUAAAGAACUUUCAAGGACAAGUGCUACACAGCCAUUUUUACCGCUAUCCGGAGGUCUUCUCUUCACGUUCCAUAGUCGUACUGGGCUCAGGACCUUCAGGGGUAGACAUAGCCGUAGAACUUUCUACACACGCUAAAUGGGUGACUUUGAGCCAUCGCGGUCCUCCCUUAAACUGGACCCCUCCAGAAAAUGUCUCAAUGGCGCCUCCAGUGGUCAGUGCUACUCAGAAUGCACUUGUUUGUGAGGAUGGAAGCAAGAUUCAAGCAGACACAUUGAUUUUCUGUACAGGAUACAAAUAUCACUACCCAUUCUUGUUGCCUAGUGAGGGUGAAAUGGCAGAACAUGAGAAUGUAUUGGACUGGGGAUUUUUGGAUGGUGAAGAUAUGGAAAGUAUUGACCUGGGGACAGGUCAUCUUCCUCCACUCUAUAAACACCUUAUCCAUGCCCGAUAUCCCACCCUGUGCUUCAUUGGAGGCUGUAAAAUUGUUGUUCCAUUCCCGUUAGCUGACUGCCAGGCCCAGUUUUUCCUUUUAGUACUGGAGGGCAAAUGCCUAUUGCCACCGCCUGAACAAAUGCUUUCUGAGUCCCGGACAGAGUUUCGAGAGCAUCGAAAUUCUGGCUUACCCCUCAAAUACCUUCACCUCCUAGGACCCAGACAAUGGGAGUAUAACCGGUGGCUGGCGGACACCGCAGGGUUCGAGCCGCUGGCCCCGGUGCUUGAGAAGUUGUAUGAAGCAGUUCGAGAGUUCAGAGGCGUAAAUCCUGUCACAUAUCGAAAAUGCAACUUCAAGAUCUUGAGCAGAGAGGAGUUUGAAAUGCAGACAGAGGUGACACAAGAGGCCAAUGUGUAGUGGACAUACCCCUGUAGUAUAUGAAACCGGGCCCCAUAUGACCAGAUAGAUUACAGAACCUGUCACCAGCCGUAGACAGGGGAUUUAUGCCCAUCUAGCACAGAUGCCGUCAAUAUGCCAAGAAUGGGACUCAUGGGGAGGUGGCCAGCUCUGGUGGUUCUCAUGACCCUUCUCAGUGGACAACUGUCCUACUCCAUAGGCAACACAGCAUUAGUAAACAAGAAGGAAAUGUGUGAAUGGGGCGACCAUCAGGAGGUACUACCUUGAGGAACCUGGUCAAAUAGGGGGCCCAGUGGUGAGCUAACCAGCUAUUUAGGCAAAAAUAAACAUUCUGGCUUCUGAUAGUUGCCACUAGGGGGAGCUCAAUGUAUAUUGAAUUAUACAGCAACUAAUAAAAAAGGGGUGUAGUAUGUUCUGUAGUGGAUGAAGGAUAAGGUAACAGAACGAGGGGCGCUAAGUGAAAGGUAUAUUGUAGAUACAAAUGCAUCUAAAAUGAAUAAAACAGUAAUUAUUAUUGUU